ACAGUAGUUCUAACGUAAUCAGAGGCUCCCAUUGUGUGAAUCCACCCAUCCUAGGAAAUGAGGGCUUCCUGUUGUUUCAUAGAACCUUCCUGCAAAAAGGUUGAGAUCUGUAAUCCCUACCCACCAGGGAAGAAGGACACAGCAUUGUCAGGCAAAAUGACAGCCGUUAGACUCUCGCUUAUGUUUUCUGGGUGUUUGGUGACUCUUCUUAUCUGGGCAGGAUGCACAACAGUGGUUUGUCUGGUUGAUGAAAAGUUAGCGGUGCAACCCGCCACAACAGUAGGUUAUCACUCAACGGGGGCAAUGGUUGCCAAUGCCACUUAUGGAGAGUCCACCAGGUCGUAUGCUUGUGGGAACAAUUCUCACAACUGUAUGGAAUUUUGCGAAAUCUGCUCUCUUCUUGGUGAACCCCCAAUGAAGUGCCUUCACGAGCUGCUUCAGCAUCUAUGUCUCAGCAAUUAUAAGAAUGCGAUGGCAUCACUGAACAGCACUGACUGGUGCGUUUGGGGCAACGUGAGCGGUUUGUAUAGUAACCUAAGCCUUUGCACCGAGGAGAUUUCUGACUGUCUCCUGAUCCCAUGGCCCAACCCCCUGGUGGAACAGACUUUUGUGGACAUUCACACCAAGUUUUUCAAGGACUGUCCCACAGAAGAGCUAAGCGACCCACCACCAUUCAUUGUCUUUGCCCUGGUGAUAACUCCCAUAUGUCUGAUACCCGUCAUGGUUAGUCUGGUGGUGCUCAAGACCAAGAAUGGGGAUGGCAGCUCCUGAACUCCCGAGUCUCUGCUCACAGUCAUUAAGAAUAUCAUAUUUUUGACCCAAGCUCUCCUUCAUUUCGUAACCCGGGGACAAUAGCUUGUUUACAUAUACACUGCUGCUGUGCUUUCAUCUCGUCCGUGACUUUGCAGAGGACUGAAACUUUCCUUACUCGUGGUUCACAGCUCAGAGGACUUUUCAGCCACAGAAAAAACCUAAUUGAUUUAGAGUAAAUAUCUAAUAAUCUGUGGCAUCACACUUAUUGCGGUUGUACAAAGGCAGUCUCCCCAGUGUUAUCAAACACUCACUGUGAUAAAUUUUUGUACUGUGACAAAUUUUACUUUCCUCCUGACCACCACCUUGACUAGAGAUUUGAACAUGUAUGUACUGGUCACAUCCAAUUUGCAUGCACUAUUCAGAAAACAGGGCUAAAGUUUUACUGGAGAACCAAUUCAGGGUUAUGAUAACAAAAGCUGUGGAGCUUGCAAAAGUUAAGGAAAAAUAUAUUUGUGCGUACAGUUCUUAUUAUGUUGGACUGCAGCUGUGUUGACAACAGACAAGGUAAUUUUUAAUUGCUGAAUUCUCAUUAUGUACUUCUUCUUUGCUCCUGUUCACACUUGUACAAUAUGUAAGCAGGGGACAUGUACAAGGUAAGCAGUUGUUAAGUCUGAAUCGGAUACAGGUAUGUGUCCAUGUUUGAUCGAUGAAAAGGUUGUUAUAUGUGUAUGUGCAAAGGGAGGACAGGAAAAUGAGUUUAGUUUGAUGCAUGGAGCUGGUUAUGUGAGUCAUAGCCCAUGUAAGGUUUGGGGUCAGAGGUUGCAGAUCGAACACAACGAGUGUUUACACCCACAAUAGGAGAUCUCUUUCCCUAUACUGUCCAUCUCUGAACAGAAAAUCCUGCACUCUCCUCUGUCCAAAUGACAAUCCUCACGACCAUAUCAUGAGUUAACUGAAGAGAAGUUUAUAUAACAUCUCCACCCACUUCAGAGAUAAAGACAUUUUGUGUAUCUUUGCAGUAUGAUGAUAAACACUGAGUGAUGACAGAGAGAUAAAAGUGUUAUCUUUAGCCUGAAUCAUGAAAAUGUUGUUAUGCAAUGUUCAAUCUUGAAUGACGGUGAAGCAAUUUUAAAUGCUUUCAGAUCAGAAUCAAAAUGUGUAUUUAUAUACUGUGUAAUAUUUCCGCCAUUGUCAGGUCUUAAUGGACUUACUGUACGGUCUGAGAGAACAUAUUUUGCCUGCUCUCCACACCACGUACUGUAUGUAUUUUGAUAUACUUCUUAUAUUUUAUACUAUUAAAACUACAGUUGGAUUGUU